UCCCAAAUCAUCUUCUGCAAGCAGAUCAGUUAAUGGACAAAAACUCAUGUCUUGGUCACUCUACAGUUAACCAGUUUCUUGUUACACAUCUCUCUUAUACAUCCACCAUUAAUAUCUCUAUAGAUUUUCUUGUCUUGGUAUGAGAAUUAUUUGUGAAGCUGCUUAAGCUCGGUGAUGUCUUCUUCCAACAAUGAUUACAAUAAUGGUAACAAUGGAGUGUACCCUUUUUCUCUUUACCUUUCUCCACUAGCUGGCCGUCAAGACAUCAUCCGUAAUCCCUAUAAUCAUCAGCCAACACCAUCUCCAGGCCAAAUGGUAUCAGCAGUGCCUGAGUCUCUGAUCAACUACAUGUCGUUUAGCUCAAACCGUGCUGUGAAUCAGCAAGGGUUCGAGAUUCCUGAGGUGUCUAGAGAAAUCAAGCAGGCGGUGAAGAAAGAUAGGCAUAGCAAGAUUCAGACGGGACAAGGUCUUAGAGACAGGAGGGUAAGGCUUUCUAUUGGUAUUGCUCGCCAAUUCUUCGAUCUCCAGGAUAUGUUGGGGUUUGAUAAAGCCAGUAAAACAUUAGACUGGCUACUCAAGAAAUCAAGAAGGGCCAUCAAAGAGCUUGUCCAAGGAAAAAAGGUCAACACUGAUGAAGAUUUUGCAAACAUAGGAGGUGAAGUUGAAGAGGAAGAGGAUGAGGAGGAUGAGGAGGAUGAUGGAGAUAAGAGCUUUGUGUAUGGUUCAAGCCCUGAUUCUUUAGAAGAAGAAAUGGUAUGUGAGGUCAAGAAGGCACAGAAGAGAAAGAAGAAGAUUGAAUUGAGAAACAUAUCCUCAAAGGGAUCAAGAGCCAAAGCUAGAGGAAAGGCAAAGGAGAUAACAAGAGAAACGACCUAUGAUCAUCCAGAAACCAUCUCCGAGAUCACACAAACUGAAAUCAUGGACCCGCUCAAGAGGUCUAUUAUCUUCAAUGAAGGAGAAGACAUGACACAUUCACUCUGCAAGGAAGCAACCCAAGAGUUUGAUAGUCAAGAAUGUACCUUAAGCAAGACCAAGGUCAAUCUUCCCACCAAUAUGGAUCAAAGUUACAACCAGCAUUAUGGGACGUUUAUGUUGAAAGAUCAGGGUUCUAGCAGCAAUUACAAUAAUAUUCUGCCUCAAAACUUGGAUUUUUAUUAUGAUCAAAACCCUUUUAUUGAUCAACCCUUUUGUGCAGUCACCAAGACGAAUUUCCCCAGGGGGUUUCCAUAAAUCUUGUUAUUUUCGGAGCAGUAAGCAUCAAAUCUAAACAUGUAAGGCAAAAUAAUCGUGUGUUCCUCUUGUAUAUAUAUUAUAUAUUAAAUCUUUAGUUAUCUGUGUUCUUGGAGACAUGUUAUUUGAUUUA